AUGUCGAUUUUGGAGCUGAUCGAAAAUCUCGACAGGUUGGAUGUUCGGGACUUGUGCGAGAUUCUCGCCGACUCCAGACAAUCUGAACCGUCGAUUCAUGAGGUUGAACCGUCGAAUCAUGAGACUGAACCCUUGACAACUGAACCCUUGAAGACCACACCACCGGCGCUGCCUUCAAAAAAAAGCAAAAGCCAGCCUCGUGAAUCCGUCUCCAAACCGGUGGAACUCCCGGCCCUCAACUCUGACUCUGCCAACAAGAAAAAGGAUGUAUUCAUCAACACGUCGUGGUUCGAGAUCUCCAAAUUCAAGCAGAACGCUAAAGGUGAACAAAGUCCGUACCAACGUGUUGGCUUACAAGCCAAAAAGGCCCCGUUGACACGCAAAUACAUACCCACGUAUCGCUUGAUUCGGUUGGUAUUGGAGUACGCCAUCACUCACAAGUUCAAGGCGUGCCAUUUGGACAUCGAUCUCGCUGGUAAUGACCUUGAGUUUGAAGAUAAAAAUGUCCGGUACGUCACCGAUGACCCCGUGGCUAGGUUGCAAAACCCCCAGGCCAAAAAUUUAGGCAAGCAUUUGAUUCCACAACCCAUCCCGGGGAUGAAGGGUGCCGAGAAACUCUUCCACGAUGGCUUUACGCGGUUCCUCGUCAACCAAUUGGGUUUUAAGGACUACAGUGGCGCUAGGGGCGUAUGGGUUUACGCUCCGCAAGGGAAGACGACGGCCAUCGUCAUGAUUGCCCAUGAUGACAUUUUGAUUUUCGGCAAAGAUGACCAGAUGCUUCGGUGGGUUGAGUCUGAAUUCGCCAAUAAGUACGUGGUAGUGAAUUUAGGGUUGCCUGCCUUUUUCGCAGGCAAUCAAAUCUACUACAAAUUGAACAAAGGACAGGUUACGAUUGACCGCAGGCAACAGUGUUUCGACUUAUGUAAAACCCACAACGUGAAACCCGAUCCAUUCGUUGAUUCAUUCUUUGACGAUGACUUUGACUACGAAUGGCGUUUGUUUGGAUCAAAGCAGAAAUUGAGUCGUGCCGAAAGAGGCGAGAAAGUGGCUCGUUUCCAGCGCAUAAUUGCCGAUUUGAUGGCGAUCUCAAAGUCGUUCUACAGAGAUAUCACCAACAUGGUGGCUAAGCUCGCCAGUCUCGAGCUGAAUGUCAACGACUUCCUCCUUGAAGCAGCCGAAAGAGCGGUAAAUUUUGUAAGCAACUUUUGCGAUGGAGAAUUGACACUUGGUAAGCAUCCUGCGAAUAACUCCGUUGCGGACGUGGGGUACGUCCUUCUUCAUGACGAGGACGAAAGACAUAGGGCUGUUGUCACCUACUCCAUCGAUCGUAACGGUCAACUUGAUUUUUGGGCGAAGGUAGUGAACAAUUGUGACGUUUACCUGGAUGAACUUGCGGAGCAGAUGCAACGUGAGGUUGAUGAAGACUAUAAGUAUUUCACUAUGCUCGACCAUUUUGUGAGUACGGGCCAGAUUCUCGACCCACCUCCCAAAGUAUCGGUUCCCCGCCUGCGCUAUGAGCAUGCUGAAGCCAAGAUAAACGAUUUGCCCAUGUGUAACUGUUUAUCAGCUGGGUCUACGCGCUAG